AUGUUCUUCACUACUCUCGCGACCUUGGCGCUUGCCGCUUCUGGCACUUCCGCGCUCUCCAACUCCGUCGGCAAUGCGUUAGGCAUCAAGAAGGACUCCAUGAUCAGCUACGAUCGCAUUUACUUCGGAUAUGCUCCUAACUACAACCCUCGGGUCACGAUGGCCAGCCUCAACAAGGCCACCGGUCAGAAAGGCGCGACCUACAAUGUCUACAGCCAGAUCACCUCCGACAAUGUCAACAGCGGAAGCUACAACGGCAACUACCAGUACAAUGUUGACGACAUCGUGAACAGUGGAGCGGUCCUGAUCGCCUCUCUCAUGCCCACGGUGCAAUGGACCGGCAUCACUCCCAACCUCUGUUCCUCAGUCAACGACUACUUCACGAACACCUUCACGAACAAGGGGGUCACCGUCUGGCUCCGUUUCGCCCACGAGAUGAACUACUACGCCACGGACGGAACGUACCCCGGCGGUGUCAACUACGGACAAUUCCUGAAGGCCUGGGACUGCAUGUACGAGGCGACCAAGAACAACAACAAGAUCUCCAUGUUCUGGUCGCCCAACUACGUCAGCGACGCCUCCGCCCUGAAGCCCUGGUUCCCGCCGGCGAACCAAGUCGACAUCGUCGGCAUGGACUACUACCCGUCCGCCAGCUCGGCGUCGGGUCUGCCGUCCUUCGACACGGCCUACGGCGGCUUCUACAACACCUUUGCCAAGCCCUACAACCUCCCGUUCGCCAUCGCCGAGACCGGCACGCAGAACGGCGGUGGUUCGGCCAGCGUCGCCCAGAAGGAGGCGUGGUUGAAGACCAUUCUCAACCGCUCGGCCGGAUAUGGUGCCUACCCGCUUUACACCAGUGCCACCUGGUUCGAGUACGGCCCGGACGCCAACAGCAUCAACUACUACGUCGUCUACGGCCAGAGCUCGUCGACCGUCACCCAAACCAUCAGCAACACCGAGGAAGGAUCUUAG